AUGGACACCAAUGGCAGCUGCGGUCCCAUUGGCGAUCAGUUCGCACAGCUGCCGCCCCUCCGAGAUUGGAUGCCCGAUGAUCUCGUUCAACUGCAAUCUGCCGCACAAAUGUUUAGCAUAAACACGUCGAAGUUUCUCGAGUUCGGGACUAAUUUUCGCUCAUAUGACACGUCGGGCACCGGUCUCUGUCAUGGAAAAUCGAACAAGACGUGGACAAAAGAAGAAUUUAGUCUUCUUAUAGACGCGGCCAGGAUCAUCGGCUGCGAGUUUUACAUCCUGCUGCACUUUUGCGAGAGCUAUCAGAUGUCCUCGUUCCCGAGGCCACCCACCGAUGUCUAUAGUAACAGUCCAUCCACCGCCGACAACGGAUCCGAUAGAGAUGUAUCUAGCCAGCUAGAUACGGGUAAACUUCCAACGCAAGUUUCGACGCUCGAGAUGCUUCAGAAUCCUGUUGGGGAUCAUGUUCCACAGCUCCAGAGUGAAAUGCGGACGGCAAACAGUGACCUGGGAUUGCAUGUCCCCUUUGAAGAUAGCAUUGGUUUUCAUGAAAACGGCGAUCUAAUUUUAAGCCCAUACGACACAACAUAUCAUGCUGACGAUACUGAUUUCGAAUGGGGCGGUGUGCGACCACCAGGCCAGACUCUUGCGUCUGCUCCCCAAUUGUCCUUUGACCAAUCACAUGAACACCUUCCCUAUCACCCUCAAGCUGAUUCGUUUUCACAACUUGAUUAUACCUGGCCUGUUUUGAACGAUCUCUUAACUAUCCCUGAUAGUUCAAAGUCUGGGCCCUUUUGUGAUGAUGCGACGUCGCUCGACGUUCAGCAACCAGAGACGGAAGCCGGCACACAAGGCCCCGUUUUGGAUCUGAGGGCCAGGCGGUUUGACGCAGGUAGUCUUCAGCAAUCGACAGAGGCUGGGCGAAAGCUCUUUUCCCACCCCUAUGCUCUUGCGGAUAUCAGCGAAUUGAAGAAAACACUGUGGGAGUUCGUGAUUGGAAAUGGACACUCGUACAUACAGCUCAAAGUCGACCAAGAAGACCAGCUUACAAUGAGCUUCUUCAAUCUGGCCACUGAUAUUGUGCGGGCUAAAGGGAAUCACCACGGGUUUAUCGCAAGCGUCCUGCGCUUGUGGACGGCUGCCCGGACUCUAGAGGGUGACUGGCACUUCUCUGGAGAAGAAUUUCUCGGUCUAGAUCCAGGUAGGUAUGACCGAGUGCCAUUUACAAAGGCGCCUUUUAUAGACUACCAAUUUUCUGCCAUCAUGGCCGAAUCUAUCCUUCAGCCCCUCAGAGAGCAGAUCCUUAAAGAGCUGCAUAAAUUAGCACACAACAAGGCGAGAAAGAACUGGCUUGUCAUCUUUGUUGCCACAUAUAUUCUUCUCGACACGUACCGCUUGCUCUUCCGCCAACAAAGGGCCUAUGCGGCUUCGAAGAAGGCCCCAGUACGCUACAGCAUGAUGGAGUUGAUCAUAGACGCUCUUACGGGCGCCAAGACACUUCUAGGUUUUUACCAUAUAGUGUGCUGCAGAAAGAAGCCGUUUGAUUUGGAUUGGAGUAGUCAGAAUCCGAUGACCUACAAAUAUCUCGGAGAAGUGACUGAGAAAGAGAUACUGCAUCUUAAGAACAUCACAAGCUUGGUUAAACAGCAAAGUGCGAGGUUUAGGGCACUUGAAAACACAGACAAAUACGAAGAAGAUUACUGGUUCACCGGACAGAUGUUUAUCGAUAAUUGGACACCACCUACCACGAUCGAGAAGUCCCCUCCUGCGACAUUGCCUGUGCACGGCCCAUGGCCUGCCGAGUGA